CUUCGAGAUCUUAUAUAUCGAGGCCGAGCCAUGCAGGACGAAGAUGAAGGCGACGAUGGUAUGGCGCUUGAAUGGCGUGCAAAUAAUCCAAAGCGGGCAUGGGUGAUGGCUGUCUACAAAGAUGAUAACGGAAAUGAAAUAAAAUUUCAUAGAAGCAUAACGUCGUCUGGAACAAGUGAAUACAAAAUUGACAACAAAGUUGUUACCUAUGCAAAAUAUAAUCAAGCAUUAGAACAACAAAAUAUAUUGGUAAAAGCGAGAAAUUUUCUUGUAUUUCAGGGUGAUGUAGAGGCUAUCGCAUCACAAUCCCCAAAAGAUUUAACUAGAUUGAUCGAACAAAUCAGUGGAUCAUUGGAAUUAAAGGCUGAUUAUGAACAGUUAAAAAUCCAGCAAGAACGCGCAACUGAAAAUUCAGCAUUCAACUUUAACAAAAAACGCGGGAUAAAUCAAGACAUACAAGAAUAUCAGAGGCAAAAGGCCCAAGCACAGCAAUUUGAAAAACUACAGAAUGAAAAAACGCGAAUUUUAGUGGAUUAUCUUUUAUGGAAGCUCUAUCAUAUACAAGGAAAUAUUGACGAAUGUCGUGAACAGAUAGAUAGUCAUAAUGAAAUUAUUAGAGAAAAACAGCAAGUACAGAAAAAAUAUGAUGCAGAUCACAAACAAGCUCGAUUGGAACAAGCAGAAAUUCACAAAAAACAUUAUAGGAUGGAGAAAGAGAUCCAAUUGAAAGAAAAAGAAUUAGAAGAAAAGCGCCCGGUGCUAUUAACGAUGGAUGAAAAAAUCACCUAUUCUAAUAGAAAAUUAACUCAAAUGGAAGAAAAUGCUGAGAGAAUUCGAAAAGAUUAUGAUCGUCAGUCGAAAAGGGUAGAAGAAUUACAGCUAGAAUUAGAUCAUGUCACGAGAGCUGCAGAUGAAUAUGAAGCAUCAUUAAAUGCUGACAGCAGUAGCAAUAAGAAAAACGCAAUACUCAACACAGAUGAAAUUGCUGAAUAUAAUAGAUUGCGAGAACAGGCAAACAAGCAAACAGUUUACGAAAAACAACAAUUAGAAAAUCUCCGCAGACAAGAAAAGACAUGUCGUGAAUCUACACAGAGAUUGAAAGAGAAGAUGGAGGAUUUGGAUAGACGUCGACAUCAACUAGAGGAAGAGAAAUUGGCUCUUACGGAUCAUAAAGAGAAGUUACAAUCCGAUAUUGAUCAAUCUAAAAAGGAACUUCACGCUGCUGCUACAGAGCGUGAAUCUAUUAACCAACAAGAAAUUCAGCUAAAUCGCGAAUUACAAGAAAUACUCAAUCAACUUACUGUGGCAAGUGUAGACCAGAGAGAAUCAGAACGAGAACAAAGAAUGAAAGAAUGUUUAGAAAGCUUGAAGAGAGUAUUUUCUGGUGUGCAUGGACGUCUUCUUGAUUUAUUUUCUCCUACUCAGAGAAAAUACGCAGUACCUGUAUCUAUCAUCCUUGGAAGGAACUUGGACGCAAUUAUUGUUGAUCAACAAAAAAUUGCUAUUGAAUGCAUACAGUACAUGAGAGAACAACGUCUUGGUCAUGCUACAUUUAUCCCACUUGAUACAAUUGUAGUCAAAUCAAUAAAUGACAAAUACCGUAGCAUAAUGAAGGGCGCAAGAUUAGCAAUAGAUGUUAUUACCUACAAUGAUAAGCUUGAACGCGCGUUUCAAUAUGCCUGUGGCAAUACUUUAGUAUGCGAUACACUAGAUAUUGCUAAACACAUAUGUUACGAAAAAAACCAGCAAGUCAAAGCUGUCACCCUUGACGGUACUAUUAUUCAUAAAAGUGGGUUAAUUACGGGUGGUCAUAGUGAUGAUAUUAUUUCUGGUGCAAAACGAGUAACCGAAAAAAAACGUGCAGAUAGUAUGGAUGCAUUAAGAAGUCAGAGAGAUGAGCUUAUGUCAAAAUUGAACAAUCUCAGCAAAUCAAAGAGAAGAGGAAAUUUUGAAGAACAAAAAAAAAGUGAGAUUUCUGGCUUAGAGUCAAGGCUGGAAUUUUCUCAACAAGAUUUGACAAUAUCCACAGCAAAACUUGCAGCCAUCAAUGAUGAAUUGAUUUUUAUUUCAAACGAAGCUGCACAACUUUUGCCAACUUUAGAAGAGUCACAAAACGAACUUGUUGGUCUCGAUGCACAAGUUAGUCAAUGUGAGAAUAACAUAAACGAGAAAGAAGAUUCUAUUUUUCAAGAAUUCUGCCGGAAGAUCGGAGUUUCAAACAUUAGAGAUUAUGAACAACGGCAAUUAAAAAUGGCUCAAGAGAUUGCAGAAAAAAGAUUAAAAUUUACAACCCAAAAAUCUCGGCUUCAAAAUCAAUUGAAAUUUGAAACAGAACAAAAAAAAGAAACGGAGGAUCGAUUAAAUAGACUCGAAUCAACUAUUCAGGAUGAAUCAGAUAGACUCUCCCAAUUCAAAGACGAAAAAAAACAAUUGUUAGAUGAUAAAAAACGCAUUUCGGAUGAGAUUUCUGAAAAACAAAGGGUUCUCA